AUGAGUCCCAUAAAGGCGCAGCCGCUGAAACCGAAAUUGGAUUUGCCCCAUCAAAACGGCAGCGGCGGUGGUUUCAAAAACGACACGACGAUGCAGUUGACGCCGGAACCGAUUCGGAGGUGUCGCUCCCCAUCGCCAGUCGUCCAGCACACGGGUUUCAUGGAUCAGUUGAGUGUGAAGCCGCUGCGAAGGACAAGAUCCGCCCGAUCAGCCUCACCAGCCGUCCACCGGUCCGUCCACAUCACGGCAGAUCAUGGAGUUCUGAUAAAAAAAACUUGGCAGCGCGUGCCGAAAAAUCAGUUUGGCGAAACGUUGAUCCAGGACUUGGCCAACCGGAUUGGAAGGGAAUCGUUUGGACCUGAUCCAACGUCCUACGAACGUCACGCACGACAUUUCGUCGACUUGAUCCAAUCGGCCGUCGACAAUUUGGCAGAUUUGGAAGAAGCGCUGAAGCCGUGGUUGACCGUUCUCGGAAGGGGACACGUUGGAUUUAGGAUAAAGUCAAAACACUGGGACUCGUUCGGCGAGUCCGUCCUCGCCACGGUGUCCAUCUACAUCGGCCCGGGGAGGCAGCACAAGGAGACUGUUAAGGCCUGGAUGCUGCUUUCCUCCUUCUUGGCAGACCGUCUCGGCGCAGCUUGCCGUUCUACCAACCUGUCCCCGAUGGUGACGCCGCGGCUCCAGUUGAUGACCUUCGUUCAGCCA